AAGCAAGCGAAAAACAAUUAAGCUAUGAACUUCACAAGCUACAAACUGUUUGCUUAAGUAGAGGAUGUUUCUUUCCUUCAUGACUGUUACUUCCUUCUAUUUUCCAAAUUCAAGUAACGAUUUCGUCAUCCACUUUCCCACGUCGCGUCGCGUUGCAUAAACAGGUCUUCACCUUGACUUUCCAAACCCCACGGCGGGUCUCUUUGAUAAAUCUCUCUCCAUUGGGACUCUGUAGCAACUGAAUCACUCCGUCCAAAAUGUCAACUCCUCCACUACGCGGGUAUAUUGAUCCCAACUUUCCAAAUCCCAUGGGCCCCAACGAUGCAGCUGUUGUCAUUUACGGCUACACGCCGUCUGUUAUUGUGGGAGUUUUAGGUGUGAUACUCUUCUUCGUCGCUGGUGUGCUUCAUACCUGGCAGUUGUUCAAAUAUCGGACCUGGUAUUUCUGCACAGUGCUGGUUGGAAUCGCUUUCGAAAUCGUCGGCUACGUGUUUCGUUGCUUAUCCUCACAAGUUGAUCCCUACCGCGUAACAUUCUUCGUCGUACAAUACUUCUUCAUCGUCGUAGCACCAGUCUUCUUCUCCGCAGCGAUAUACACCGUUCUAUCAAUCCUCAUCAACACCACUGGUAGACACUACGCACCCAUUCCACCAAAACUGAUUCUGUGGGUCUUCAUUACCUGCGAUGUUAUCGCCACCGUAAUCCAAAUCUUCGGCGCAGCCCUCAUCGGCGUCGCAGAAUCGAAUCGCAAAGACCCCACAACCCCAAACAACAUCCUGCUCGCCGGCCUCGCAUUCCAAUCCUUCUCCUUCCUCAUAUUCAUCCUUCUCUUUGCGUGGUUCCUAGUCAAAGCCCGACGCAUGCAGUUCAAGGUCGUAGGGAAAAGUUUCUACGUUGCGUUUAGCGCGGGGGUUGUCCUGGUAUAUUUGCGUGUGUGCUUCAGGCUUGCGGAGACAGCGCAGGGACUUUAUGGUGAUUUGAGUACACAUGAGGUGUUUUUUGGUUGCUUGGAGUUUGCACCUGUGGUGGGGGCGAUUUUUCUGUUAGCGGCGUGGCAUCCCGGUAGGUGUAUUCCGAGAAGUCGCCUAGUGCAUGUCGAUAAUUAG